UGUCUUAACAAUAUGUCAUAUCAGCACAGAAACUAGACUAAUGUAUGAGAGGGACGUCAAACUGGGUAUAAGAGCUGUGGCCAUGCCUUUGUCCUGCUGUUUGUGGAUUUAGCCUGUGACGAUCUACACCGUAAGACCACCUUUUCAGGAGCAAUACACAAACCUCAGGAGCAAUGGCAUUCCAGUCAAACGUGAUCAGCUCGCAGCCUCAGGUAACUGUCACACAGUACACCGUGUCGUCCGGAUUAUCAGAUUGGAGUUCAAAUGUGUGCGACUGCUGUGAAGACUGUGGCAUCUGUCUUUGUGCAACGUUCAUCCCUUGUAUCCUGGGCUGUAAGGUGGCUCAAGACAACGGGGACAGUUGUUGCCUGCCCUUCCUUCCAGGUGCCAUGAUUGCUUUAAGGACAAGCAUACGCAGCAAAUACCACAUUGAUGGCUCGGUGUGUGAUGACUGGGUGAUCAUGGCCUGCCUGCCUCUGUGUGGACUGUGUCAGAUGGCUCGGGAGCAGAAGAGGAGAGGAUGAACUGAAUAGUUGUUGAAUCUAAUUUUAAACUGCAAUUGUCUUUAUGCAACAAACCAGUCAAGGACACUGACUUUACA